AUGGGAAUUUUGAAUUACAAAGUAAUUCAUUUACGUCAUGGUCUCCAUAUUGGAGAUCCACGAUCUGGACCGAUUAGACAAUAUUAUGAUCGAUUACGAACAGAAUUUCAACAAAAUCAAACGAACCCACAUAAUAUUUUAACUCAAGUUAAUAUUGGAGUCCAGGAUGAAGUUCGUGUUAAAAUAACAAGCAAUGACAAUUUGAAAAGAAACAUUCGUCGUUGGCGACAAGAAGCUCAUGCUGCACCAGUACCAUCAAAUAUCGACUUCCCAUUUGUUCCAGAUUUAUAUCAUCGAACAACACGUGAUACAAUAUUUCUUCGUAAAGAUACUGGUCCUACUUCGGAUAGAAUGCUAAUAUUUUUUACUGAUGAACAAAGAAAUAUUAUGGAAAACUCUACGAAUCAUGGCUUUAAACAGAAGUAUGAAACAGAUAUUACAUUUGCUGAUAAUAUACAUAAAAUAUUGGCUUUGGCAUUCCUCGAACCAACCCAAGUUAUUAAUGGUUUUGAAUCUUUAUGUUCGGAAUUAGGUGAAGAAUAUCAAGAAAUCCUUGAUUAUUUUGAAGAUAAUUACAUAGGGCGACUUCGUGGACGCUCAAGACGCCCAGCAACAUUUCCUAUUAAUAUUUGGAACAUGAAUACACCUGAUACUACUUUGAAAAAAUUAGCUCAAAAAAAACAAGAUGAAAUUUGA